AACCCAGUAUUUGACCAUGGUUUUUCACAUUGUGACGAAAGACGAUGAUGUAACGAGCAAUUCCGACAGUAUGCAAAAUGGUGGAUUUUCUUGCUGAAAAUAAUAUCUGUGGUCAAUCAUUGUUAAAACUUGUUAGUCGAGGAAAUGCAAUAAUUGCAGAGCUUCUUCGUCUUUCUGAGUUUGUGCCACCCGAAUUUCGACUUGCUAACAAACGAGAUCAGUUGAAAUAUGGCGAAGUAUUGGCAGAUUUUUCAUACUUCCAAGGUCCUGAUUUCUAUGAAGCAAAAAUCGAUGCAAAAUCCGAACUACAGGAUCUCGAUUCAGAGUUUCGAGAUAAUCACAUCGAUAUUCUGACUCGUUUCUUCUUAGCAUUCGAAAGUGUUUUUAAGUACAUCACAGAUUUAAACAGAUUCUUGGAGGAACUUGACGAUGGUGUGUUCAUUCAGCAAACAUUAGAAUCAUUGCUUGUCAAUGCUGAUGGCAAGCAACUUAUGGCUGAAGGCUUGUACCUGUAUGGAGUGAUGUUGUUACUGAUUGAUAUGAAAUUUGAUGGUGAAGUUCGUGAAAGAAUGUUGGUAUCCUACUAUCGAUAUUGUGCAGGAAGAGCAGACAUUGAAUCUAAUAUUGAUGACGUUUGCAAAUUGCUAAGAAGCACAGGUUACAGUAUUGGAAAGCGACCACCUAGAUAUCCUGAAGAUUACUUUAGUCGUGUACCUAUAUCCAAAACCUUUGUGAAAAUGCUGGUUGGUAGACUGCGCUCGGAUGACAUAUAUAAUCAGGUGUCAUCAUACCCUCUUCCUGAGCAUCGUAGUACAGCACUUGCAACACAAGCUGCUAUGUUAUAUGUCAUCCUGUAUUUUGCUCCAGAUAUUUUAAACUCUCAACAAGCUGUGAUGAGAGAAAUUGUUGAUAAACACUUUCCUGAUAAUUGGGUGAUCAAUGUUUACAUGGGGAUAGUUGUGAAUCUUGUGGAAGAAUGGGAACCAUAUAGGGCUGCAAAGACCGCACUGAACAAUACUGUUGAAUUAACAAACAUCAGAGAUUUGGCAAUACAUCACAUUGGUAAUAUUCAAAAGUUGAAUGUUCAAGUCCUGAAGUUUCUAAAGGAAGGUUUUUUAACGGAAGAAUAUGUUCUUGAUAAUAUUCCCAAAUUAAUGAAUUGUAUACGUGAUUGUAACGUUACACUUCGUUGGGUUUUAUUGCAUACAACAGAUAGAGCUGCGGAUAAUCACAAACGUUGUCGUACUAUACGAGAUACUGUAUUGGCGAGUGGUUAUAAUGCUGGACAUUGGUUUGAUAUACUCUUAAAUACAGCACAGUUCGAGUACGUAGUCAAGGAAUUGUUUAAAAAAAUGUUGCAAGAAAAGCAAAUAAAAUGGGAAACGAACAAACGUGAAAGUGUUGAGAGAAUUGAUGAGUUGGCGGACGUUUUCUCCGGUGUCAAACCUCUCACAAGAAUACAAAAAAAUGAGAAUUUACAGGCCUGGUUUAGAGAGAUGUCUACUCAGAUCCAGUCUUUAGAUUAUGAAGAUUCCACGGCCGCUGGAAGAAAGAUUGUGCAAUUAAUACAAGCACUUGAAGAGGUUCAAGAAUUUCAUCAGCUUGAGAGCAACUUGCAAGUCUGUCAAUUCCUCGCUGACACAAGAAUGUUCCUUCAUAAAAUGAUACGAAUCAUUAACAUUAAAGAAGAGGUUCUGAUUAUUAUUCAGCUCGUUGCUGAUCUUUCGUAUGCUUGGAUUAUCAUCGACAGCUAUACCAGCAACAUGCAAUCUGGUAUCAAGAAAAGCCCUUCUUUGGUUCGGAAGCUACGGGCUACCUUUCUCAAGAUGGCGUCAGCGCUUGAUUUACCUCUCGUUCGUAUUAGUCAGGCGAACAGCCCUGAUUUAGUGAGUGUGUCUCAAUAUUAUUCUGGUGAACUUGUGAGCUAUGUCAGAAAGGUGCUUCAAAUUAUCCCGGAGUCGAUGUUUGAACUUUUGGCUCAAAUUAUUUGGAUUCUUAGCAAUAAAAUGAAGGAGGUUCCUACAAGACUUGAGAAAGAAAAGCUCCGUGAAUAUGCUCAGUUAGAUGAACGUUACAUGGUUGCUAGACUAACUCACAGCAUUUCGGUAUUUACCGAAGGGAUUCUUAUGAUGAAAACAACGUUGGUCGGUAUUAUUAAGGUUGAUCCGAAACAACUUCUUGAGGAUGGCAUUAGAAAGGAACUCGUCCGUCAAGUCGCUGGCGCUUUACAUCAGGGGCUCAUUUUUAAUUCUAAAGUAAAAUCUGAUCUUCGUCCACGUUUGAAGGAACUUGGUAAUCGUAUGGAUGCAUUUAAAAGAUCAUUUGAAUACAUUCAAGAUUACGUCAACAUUUAUGGUUUAAAGAUUUGGCAGGAAGAAGUGUCAAGAAUUAUAAAUUAUAACGUGGAACAGGAGUGCAACAGCUUUUUACGUGCUAAGGUAUAUGAUUGGCAAUCCAUCUACCAAUCAACGACUAUCCCCAUUCCUAUUUUCCCGCCGGUGGAUGAAUCGGUGAAUUUCAUUGGUCGUUUGGCGAGAGAAAUUUUACGGAUUACUGAUCCAAAAUCUACGUGUUACAUCGAAGAAAGUGGAGCGUGGUAUGACUGUAAAACGAAAGAAGAAGUUGUCAACCUUCUGUUGUUUCGUGAACUUCAAUACAGUGUUGACUCAUUUGGUCUUACAGGACUUGAUAAACUUCUUUCGUUUAUGAUAGUGAAAGAACUUCAGAUGUUUGUGAGAAUGGUGCAAGUUUCUUUAAAGAAAGACGCUUCUUUUCGUGGCAUGCUUGAUGGUCUUGCUCAAAAUUUGACUCCCGUUAAGAAAAUUGUUGCUAAUCCUGCCAAAGUUUACUUUCAAGCAUAUCAAAAAUGCUCCAAAUCGUGGCCACAAUUUCUUGAUGUGAUCAUGAAGGUUGGUCAAAUGCAGUUACUGCGACUACAAAUAACAAACGAGUUAAAUUUUUCCUGCAAGUUUAAUUCGAAACACUUUGAAAGUACUUUAAGCACGCUAAAUCAAUCGUUAAUCAAAGAUAUCGAAGCUCAUUAUCAAGAUCCUAAUAAACCAUAUCCCAGCGAGGAAAAUCCUCUUAUGUCUGAACUAUCAACAUACCUGGAGUCUGCUGGCAUUCACGAUCCAUUGAAGAAGAUCUACAUUACAACACAGAGGAUUGGUUAUUUGCCAUUAUUGACGAUGUUGUGUGUCGUUUCACAGUUACCAAAAGUAGUUUAUGUAAAACAUCUAGCUGGCAUGGUGGCAAGAAAACCUGGUGAUGCAGUUGACUGUGCACCAUUUGUAGUUGGUAUUAUUACAGCUUUAAAACAAUAUCAUGUUGAAACAACGCAUCAGUUCUUGGCUUGUCUUGGACAAUACGUUCGUUCAUUAGUCGACUCAAAUGCCAAUGGUAAAGUACCAGAGCUCCAGGAUGAAGUCAUCAAUACUUUAGCAUUUUUUGAAGAUUUCCUUCAUUACAGCAAAUUAUCAAGAAAGGUUGCUGAAGAACAUGUACCGAUGUAUUUGCUGGAUCAAUUCAGACAACAGUUGAUAUAGAAGGAUAAAACGUGUAGUAUACCUCAUCAUCUGUGUUGUCCUUAACAGUACCUACAACAUCAAUGUAUGAAACGUCUGAUUGAAGCGUUUAGAUUAUAAAAAAAUGAUACAGAUUGCCUGUUGGUAGUAAACGAAAUCACCAGAACAAUUAUCGUGCAAAUUUAUCCCAACCAAAGUUGUACUUCCGCGUUUAUCUCUUCAUUGUUGACUUAUUGUAGAAAAACUCUUCUUUUGAUCUUCAAAAACUUUUAUCGUUUUUGUAUCCUUUGCAAGAAAUGAUUCGAAGAAAUGAUUUCAAGAUAUGAUUCCACCUUUAUUUAAUUUCUUCUUUUUGAGAUGAUGUAAGAUCACCAAUCUUUAUACACCAUCCAAAAUAGAGAUAUUACAUUAGUUUAUUUCAUCAUUUAAAUUUCAUACUUCAAUAAAAAGAUACAAAGCAAAAACAAUUAAAUGUGAUUGAUGUCAGAAUAAAUAAAACUUUGCUGAUGUCAGCUCAUCGCAAGGUAUGAA